UUUCACUCUCUUCCAGAUCCAGUCUGAAAGUCCGAUCCAGUGUCGCUAUGACCUAGAAAAAUAUGAUGGUCAAAGGCCUAUCCUUAACUGAUAUAACAAUCUAUGUCGAGUUGACAUGGUCAAACUAAAACAUAAAAAAUAAAAACAUGUCAAAUGAUCAUAAAGGCACCAGAUACUCACCGGAGAUCUCGUCAUAGUUAUGAUUCACACCAUCAAUAUAUAAAAGGGAACCACGAAGAAGAAAAGAGGAUCUGAUUCUUCAUAUCGAAAUUAUAGUCUUAUACUUUUACAUUAUCUUAUUAAUUGAUACUCCGUCCGUUUCAAAAUGACAUAUGUUUUAAAAAAAACAAUUGUUUCUAAAAAUACAUAUUUUACAUUUUCAAUACAUGUAAUAAUGAUAAAUUAUGAACUUCAAAAAUAGUAACUGUAUUCACUGAACUUUGAUUAGUUAAAAAUUAUGGAAAAUUACUAAUCACAAAAAAUAAUAUAUUUAUAAUCAAAAAUUUACGUGUUUUCUUGAUAUGUGUGAUAACUCCAAAACAUACAUUAUGUUGAAAUGGAGAGAUAUCAUUUAACUUUCCACAGUAGUCUCUUCUUACAUUUUCAAUAAAACAUACACUUUUUAUACUUACUCAUAUACCUUUUCUAAAUUAUUUCUUAUACACAUUAACAAAAUUCUGUACCAAGUGGAUUUUGAGAUUCAUUAAUAGGAUUGUUAUUUAUUCGCAAACCAAAACACUAACAUAAGGUUCAUAAACGUAUAAAUGUAAAAAUAGCAUUUAUUUCAUCUUAUCAGACUUCACAGUUCACACUGCCCAUAUUAGUCUUUCUGAUUUUAGAUGAAACAAAUACAAACCUUAACGGAUUCCUCCGACCCCUAAUAGAUCAAGGAGCUCCAGAACCCAACAGCGACGCUACUUGUGAUCCAUUCUCCUACCAUGAUUAAUCAAUUCCGUAAGUGGAAAGGUGAAGUCAUUCUUUUAACUAUUUGCGUUCUUUUUGGGACAAAGCCAAGCUCCACACUCUUUUGAGCUAUUUUUCAUAGUAAAUUGUUGCGAAUAAUCAAUCCCUCAAAAUAGAUUUUUGUUACACGCUUUUCAGUUAUAUUAUAACAACCCUGAAUGAUUUUCCUUCUUCCGUCCAGGAAAUUUUUUCUUCCAUAUUUCCAUUUUGGUUGGACAUUCUUCCUAGCUAACAUUCCAUUUGACAUCUAAUUUAUUUGAAGGGAAGUUGGGAAUAUUGUUAGGAGCCAAAGGGAUGGGCAAUAUAGCCCAUUAUAAAUAAAUACAUAAUUGAUCGUCUUAUCUUGACACAUCCAUAAUGUGGGCACAUAUAUCUCAAUUCCCAUGCGUCUCUCAGGCUACCUUUUGUUUUUUUUUUCACAUCUUUAUUGAUGGUUAGAUAUGUCGUUAUUAAUUACAAAAUAUUCUUAUCUAUCCCAAUCCAACGACCGUAGUUAUGAACUGAUAAUUUUGAGUCCAGCUAAUAAGUAUUGGAUCACGCUGAUAUUACUUGGAUAACCCGAAAGUGUAGGCCAGUCGGGAACAGCCUAUUUAAUGACUUUAAAGAAAAAUCUACAGAUAUGGAUCCACAUACGGCCCUCCCUAGUUUCCAUGUAAUUUGGUCUAUUGUAUGGUGUGAAAUGGGUGAUGAGCUGAGAUGUUUAGGGUAAGUUGUAGCCUAUUACGACAAACUAUCGAAGCCUGUAUCAUACCGGUCCACCAAAGACUACUAAUUUUCUAUAACUUGUCGUUUUUAAUAAGGUUUCAGAUGAGAGGUUUCUGCUAAGUCAAAUCUCAUCAUAUCAUUUUCAAAAGAGUAACGAUGUGAUGGUAGGGUGUAACUACCCCCAUCAAAGCCCCAGUUUAAAACAGUUGAGUCUAUUUUCCAUACAAAAGUUUGUCUUUUUCUCAACAUUAUAUUGACAUCAUGUGAUGCUACAUAAUAUAGGGUCCCAAUACUUUAUACCCACAAAAGCUCAAAUUAUACUGGUUGCUAGAUAGUAAUAAUAUAUAUUUAAUGAUGGGACAAUGCGAUGAUAGACUAUAAAUGAAGCGAUGAUCAAAUAUUUCACUUAAAUUUCGUUUUGAAACUGCCUUACAAAAUGAUAGUUUGGCUAAGUGUGAUUUUUUGUUUAUUCACAUCCGCUUCCUCAACUUCAUCGGAUGAUCCGGUAAAGUGUGAGUUCGGAAACACAAUGUGCACGGUUACGAAUUCUUACGGAGCCUUUCCCGACCGCUCUAUAUGCGAAGCGGCCAAGGUGGAGUACCCGAAGACCGAGGCUGAACUCGUCUCUGUGGUAGCUGCAGCCACUAGAGCCGGUCAAAAAAUGCGGGUCGUGACUCGGUACUCACACAGCAUCCCCAAGCUCGUUUGCACUGACGGCAAAGACGGGAUUCUCAUAAGCACCAAGUUUCUAAACAACGUGGUGCGAGCAGACCGGGAAGCCAAAACAUUGACGGUUGAAAGCGGCGUGACACUAAGACAGCUGAUUGGAGAAGCGGCUAAGCUGGAGCUCGCUUUACCAUAUGCACCGUAUUGGUGGGGACUUACGGUUGGAGGGAUAAUGGGGACAGGUGCUCACGGAAGUUCGCUUUGGGGUAAAGGAAGUGCGGUUCAUGAUUAUGUGACUGAGAUAAGAAUAGUGAGUCCCGGUUCGGUUUCUGAUGGGUAUGUCAAGGUUCGUGUUCUCAGUGAGUCUAUGAAUCCUGAAGCAUUUCAGGCAGCCAAAGUUUCUUUAGGCGUUCUUGGUGUUAUCUCCCAGGUAACUUUCGUAUUGCAACCAAUGUUCAAGAGAUCGUUAACUUAUGUUAUGAGAAAGGAUUCGGAUUUUGGAGAUCAAGCCGUGACUUUUGGGGAAAACCACGAGUUUGCAGAUUUCAUAUGGUUACCGAGCCAAGGCAGAGUUGUGUAUCGAAUGGACGAUAGAGUUCCUUUCAACACUUCUGGCGAUGGCUUGUUCGAAUUUUUCCCAUUCCGUCCGCAACUCUCCACAGCCUUAGCCGUCAACAGAUUAGUAGAGGAGAGUGAAGAGGCAUCUGCAGAUUCAAACAGGAGGUGUGUGAGAACAGAGGAAACAUCUUCAUUCUUGUUUUCAAUCUCAUAUGGUGUGACUAACAAUGGCCUUAUAUUUACAGGCUAUCCGGUUAUAGGAAGCCAAGACCGUAUGAUGUCGUCCGGUUCGUGUCUAGACAGCAUUCAGGAUGGAUUGAUCACAGCUUGUCCGUGGGACCCACGCAUAAACGGAGAGUUUUUUCACCAAACAACGUUAAGUGUUCCUCUCACACAUGUCAAAGAUUUCAUCAACGACAUCAAAGCACUUGUGAAGAUUGAACCAAAAUCUCUCUGCGUCCUUGAAGGCAGCAACGGUAUUUUAAUGCGCUAUGUCACAUCCUCCCCUGCUUUUCUCGGGAAAGAGAAGAAAGCUUUAGACUUUGACCUAACUUACUACCGAAGCAAAGAUGAUCCCUUGACACCGCGUCUCUAUGAGGACUAUGUCGAAGAGAUCGAGCAAAUGGCCUUAUUAAAAUACGAGGCGUUACCACAUUGGGGGAAGAAUAGGAAUAUAGCAUUUGAUGGUGUCAUUAGAAAAUAUAAAAAUGCAAAUGCGUUUUUGAAAGUAAAGGAGAGGUUGGAUCCGUUGGGGUUGUUUUCUACAGAGUGGACCGAUCAGAUUCUAGGGUUAAAAGGAAACGUAACGAUAGUGAAACAAGGAUGUGCUUUGGAAGGGCUGUGUAUUUGUUCGGAGGAUUCUCAUUGUGCUCCCAACAAAGGUUAUAUGUGUCGGCCAGGUAAAGUCUAUAGAGAAGCGAGGGUUUGUACUCGAGUAAGCGCUUGAAACUGAUUAUUUCCAAACUACUAAAAACUUUGUGGUGAAUUUCACCACCUCAGAUUACCCCUACGUUUUGUUUUUUAGCAUGUUGAUUUGUUGAUCAUUGAUUAAAUAACCUAUACCAAAUACCAGCAAUAUAUAUCAAGUAUGGUAUUGUAUGUUAUACCAACAAUGUAUAAUACAUAUUAAUA